AUGGCGCUGUGUAUGAGGAGGCUCCGAGGGGCUCCGGGGCUGGGCGGCAGGUGGAAGAGCGGAGUGAGGGCAGCCGGGGGGGCGUCCCUGAGACUCCGGGAAGGGAGCCGGGUCCGCGAUGCUGUCUUGUUCCAAGAAUUGCGCCCCUUCCCCGGUACCAGCACUCCUGCUAGACGACCAGUACCACCAACAGCCAUUGUUCUUUCACCGUGUACCAGGCCUUUGGGCAUCGAACUGUCUUCCUCAACCUCUGAGCAGAACAGGGCUCUGCAGCAGCUAAAGGACAUUAUUAUCCAAAGUAAACUACCUCCAAGACCAAUUUCCCAGUUCUUACGUAGUGCCGAGCCCAGUGACUGCUACCAUCUUGGCAGGGAGUGUGGUUAUCUUAGCAGUGCACAGUUAGACUGUUUCAGAAGUCUCUUUGAACCUGGAUUGUGUAGAACCCCUUACCAAGCUCUGGCAUUUCCUCCACCGGCAGCUCAUGAAGGUCUCUUGGAGUUUACCCUCAGUGCCAAAACUGAGGGUAGUCAGUCUACCGGGAGUAAUCAACCCAGUAUGGAAGAGCAUCUGGCGGUAAUGCAUGAGAAGCUGAGAGAGGAGCUGCCAAGGUUCUUGUGGAAGCCAGCAAAUUUCUCUUUAUACAGAAAAGAUGUGGAGUUUAUCAGUAGCACAUUUCACGUACACUUACGUGGUGUGCAUAAGUAUCAUCUCUUCCUGACCUUCAUCCGGUUGCUGCUGUUGAUGUAUUAUAGCAACUGUCGUAUCUCAGUCUUGAAGCUUACAUCUCAUCCGGAGACCAACAGUAUCCAUGCACGCUGGUCUUUCUCUGGCCUGCCACUGCACUGUCUGUUUUUUUACAUUUUUAAGAGUGACAAGAAUGAGUUGUACAGGACAUAUGACGCUUUCUCCACUUUCCAGCUUGCGCAUGAUGGUCUCAUAUGCCUACAUAAAGUAGAGCAGGUGAUGCCAUCGUCGCCACUCACUGUAACCAAGAAGACAGUACUUGCUGCAUUUCUCGCUUUGGGACUGGGGCAAGAUAGACCUGCAUUAAAUUUACUCUCCACCCCUAAAAUGCCUGACGAAGUGUAA